AACAAAGUAAAAAUAAAAGGUUCAAGCUUCUACUUCUGGCGCCAUUUGCAGAGAAAUUCUGAUUCAAAUUUCCCCACCUCCUCACCCUCUCUCUCUCUCCCCCCCCCCCUCUCUCUCUAUUUCUCCCUCUCUCUCUCUCUCUCUCACACACACACACACACACACACACACACAGACGUGCGCGCUCGCUCAUGGAAGAGAAGGAGAGUACUAUAUCUGGAUCACCAGUAAACUCCGGGUCGGAGUCGCCGGCGAGUGGGGUGAUGCCGCAAGUUUUGAGCAUGGCUGUGAACAUGAACAUGGAGAGAAGCCCCGGUUUGACGACAUCGUUAGGUGGUGGUGAUGGCAGCUUUGAUCUGCUGGGCAGGAAGAAGCGAGGGAGACCCAGAAAGUACGACUCAGAUGGGAACUUGAGGCUCUCAUAUUCGACCCCACCGCCGCCUCCGCCGCCGGGUUUCUCGUUGACCACCGCCGCCACCCCUUUUUCCGACUUCUCCGCCAAACGCGGCCGAGGCCGGCCACCGGGUUCCGGUAACUGGCAGCUACUCGCUUCUUUGGGUGAGUUGUUUGCAAACACAGCAGGGGGGGACUUCACGCCGCAUAUAGUUACAGUAAAUACAGGAGAGGAUGUCGUGUCAAAAAUCCUUUCAUUGUCUCAAAAGGGUCCUCGAGGAAUUUGCAUACUCUCUGCCAAUGGAGCUGUUUCCAACGUUACCAUUCGCCAACCUGGUUCUGCGGGCGGUAUCUUGACAUAUGAGGGAAGAUUUGAGAUCUUGUCUCUAUCUGGGUCAUUGACCGUAACUGACACUGGUGGUGUAAGAAGUAGGACCGGUGGAUUAAGUGUCUCAUUGGCUGGCCCGGAUGGUCGCGUAAUAGGGGGUGGCGUUGCUGGUUUGUUGACAGCUGCUAGUCCCAUCCAAAUUGUAGUAGGAAGCUUUGUGCCUAACGGUUAUAAGGCACAUAAAAGGAAGCAUUAUCGCGAACCUUCAACCCCUUCCAUAGUCCCUGCAGCCCCAUUGACAGCAAUGGCAGCGAGAUCAACCUCAGAAGCAGGACCUGAAGUAGACACAUCUCAAAGCCAUGGAGAAGCAGAUACUGGCAUGGGAAAUAAGCAGACCCUGAAUACCACACAUUCCCAGAGUGCUGCUUGGAAUGGUUCAGAAACCACAUCAGAUCAGAAGCCAUCUCCUGACAUUAAUGUGUCUGUGCCGGGUGCAUAAGAGGAAUGGUUAGUUGUACCCCUUUCUCUCUCUGAAUUAUUCACUUUAGGUCUAAUAAAGAGACUUGGUGAGGCUGACCAGUGAAUGAGGCUAAUUUAACUUCAAACCAUUGUUGUUUUUCUCAUAUUUCUGCACCCCUUCUUCUUGUACUGUUUAAGAUUAGUAGCAAAUGAAGCAUUAUAUUUUGUUCUAUUUA